AUGAGCAAAGCCAAAUUACUUCCAGCGCCAAGAAGAUCCUUUGGCAUCACACUUAACGAAGCUGAAGACCAGAACCCUAUCCCCUUAAGGCGCAGGGCAAACCAAAGCAGUGCAAACUUAUGCACAAUUUUUGAGACCCCAUCUGAGCGCAUGUGAGGGAUAAAGAUUAAUGGGAAGUCUGAUAACUUUUCAGCGUUGGACUACACAAGGUCAACUCUUCCUACCAGCACAACAACGACAGAAGAGUCGCCAAUUCCUGAUAAUGAAGCUAUAUGGUUAAAAUUACCUAUCACACCUAAAGCAAGAUUUGGAAUACGCCUUAAGUCACCUUCAAAGCCAAUGUCAACAAGAGCAAGUUCGCAUUCUCCAACGAGAAGCUUGCAAUUCAGAUUCGAUGCUGAAAAGCCCAAAAAUAGCUUAUUUCCAAUGGGUAAAGACACAGCGAUAUCGUUAUAUCAGCAAAUCUUGACAGAAAAUGAACGUGCCGAAAUUAAAAAAUAUGAGUUAAUUUACUAUUUAAAUACUGAAAACCAGAAAAGAAUGGAAAGCUACACAGAUGAAAAAGGAUGCUACAAAGCUGAAAAAGGAGAGCAUAUAGCUUAUCGAUAUGAAAUCCAUGAGAUCCUAGGAGAAGGGACUUUUGGGUUGGUUGUCAAAUGCUUUGAUCACAAAGAAUGCGAAUACGCAGCAAUCAAAAUAUACAAAAAGCCUUAUGCCUUCAGAAAAAUUGGGGAGAUCGAAAAAUCGAUUCUCAAAGAUCUUGGAAAAGAUGAUAUUGAUGACAGCAAAUGCAUAUUAAAAUCCAAAGAAAGCUUUUUAUUUCGAGGACACUUAUGCAUUUCGAUGGAAUUGAUGAGCUUAAAUCUAUAUGAAUUUUUAAAGAAAAAUGAUUUUACUCUCUGUGAGCAAACAAAAUCGUUGGAAAAAUCCCUAUUUUUUGGGUAAAAAAACCAUCCUUCGUGAGUAAAUGAAAAUUUUUUUAAUUGAAAAUCUUUUAUAAAAAAAUAUUUUGAUAAUAAAUGAUAAUUAUUAUUAAAUAUCAAACCUAAUUCUGUUUAAUUUUAAUCAGCUCGCAUUUAAACAUAAAUUUUAUAAAUUAAAUUAAUAUUUAUUUAUAAUUAUUUCAAAUUAAGACUUUUUUGAAUUUUGAAAAAAAAAAAUUAUAUAUAAAUCUUUAAAAAAAAUUAGCCUCCUCCGUAAGUGAACAAAGUUUUUUUUGCUCGCUCAAGGAGGGGAGGGGAGUUAGAGGAAUCGAUAUGAAUCUGAUUAGAAGAAUUGCAGUGCAGUUGCUAAUAGGAAUAAAAUAUGUUCACUCCAAAGGAUACAUUCAUUGUGACAUUAAACCAGAAAAUAUUGUACUAAGGUCAGAAAAUAAAUCAAGCAUAAAAAUCAUUGAUUUUGGGUCUUCAAGUAGAGAAGGUGGCAAUCUUUGUACAUAUCUGCAAAGCAGAUUUUACCGAGCCCCAGAAAUUUUGUUGGGAAAUAGAUAUAACCACCAAAUCGAUAUUUGGUCUUUAGGGUGCGUUUUAGCAGAAUUAUGCCUGGGCAUACCUCUUUUUCCAGGUGAAAAUCAAUAUGAGUGCUUUGUAAGAAUAAUGGCAACGCUCGGAACUCCUCCUAUUAAUCUCAUAGAAAAAGCGUAUGCAAAAUCUGAUUAUUUUGACCAAAAUAAUCUUCCGAUAAUUAAAGAAAACAGUAAUCGUGAAACUUUCAUUCCAGGUUCAAGGCCUCUAGCUGAAAUCUUUGAAGGCUGCGACUAUAAAUUUAUUACUUUUCUUGAAAGAUGCCUUACCUGGGAUCCGAAAAACCGAAUCACAGCUGAAGAAGGACUGCUUCAUGAUUGAAUUAAAGGUGAUGCGAAUAAAAGAUCACUACUAAUUAGUAGACGAGCAACUUCAGGUGUUGAUAUCAGGAGAAAUAAGCAAAAACUUUAA